GUUUGGAGGAUUUGAGGAGUUUAAACGACACAAUAUCUCCCCCGAUGGCACUUUGACACCGUCUAGGAAAUUACUCUGCGGUAUGGGAGCGGGUGUUUGUGAGGCCAUCUUAGUGGUGACUCCAAUGGAAACAGUGAAAGUUAAAUUUAUAAAUGACCAGGUCUCCGCGAAACCUCACUAUCGUGGCUUCAUCCAUGGCGUACGCUGUAUCUCUAAGGAAUUCGGUCUCUCGGGUUUGUACAAAGGUGUAACACCGACAAUCUUCAAACAGGGCACAAAUCAGGCGAUUCGUUUCUUUACCAUGGAGAGUCUGAAAGAGGCUUACCGAAAACACCGGGGUGAUGCGACACCUAAUCAACCAGUACCAAAGCUGAUCACUGGUCUCUUCGGUAUUGCCGCUGGGGCCGCGUCUGUCUAUGGUAACACACCCCUAGACGUCAUCAAAACGCGUAUGCAGACGAUGCUUAUGAGACGGGGUAUAAUGAGUAUGGCAUGCCUGUAA